CUAAGCAAGUUGUCAGGCUGGGUUCAGGCAGUGCGAUGGGGCUCUGUGGCUAGCAGUUUCCUGCAAACAGCCUGAGGAACCAUUCAUGCACACAGAACUUAGCCAGCCGGAGCCCAGCUUACUCAGUGGGACCAUCACUGCUGCUCCAACCAGGACCCCAAAUCACUGCUAUGAAUUAUCAACAGGAUUUUCCUAAUGUCCUCUUCACUACCUUCAAACCUCUUCCUGCUAACAAGGAAGAACCUCAAAGACCUCCUUCUGCAGAUUCUCACUUGGUCAUCUCCAAAGAAGUGAAAGCGGUAAUCCAAGAUGGAGAUAGAAAGAUGGAAAGUAGGAAGAAUGAAGUUCCUCCCUCACAGAAUGGUGCCCCAAAAGAUAAUUCUAGGAAUCCAGUGGGCACUCUGAAAGAACAGACGCACAACUGGUUUGAAAAGACACAGAGGAUGAGGCUUAUCAAGAAUGGGGUGUUCCCAGAGUGGUUCCAUGGAUUUGUUACUCGCAAGAAGACAGAGGAGAUGCUGGAAGUUAAGCCUCCAGGAUGUUUCCUUAUCCGUUUCUGUGAAAGCCGAGUCGGGUUUGUCCUUUCAUACAGAGGCGCUGAGCGUUGUCGCCAUUUCAUGCUUGACCUGCUGCAAGAUGACCGGUAUGUGAUCGAGGGAGAGGACAGUGCCCACCGCAGCCUACAAGAGUUGAUAGAUCAUUACCAUGUGUAUCCUGUAGAACCCCACAAAGAGCGGCUCACUACAGCCUGUGCUAAGAAAGCUAUAAGAAAGGAUUGCAGUGGCCCCUUGCAAAAUCAAGCUGAUGAAAAUAAAAAGGAGAAAAUGUACAGCAGUGUCGCUAAGGAAGCCACUGUACCAAGUGACCCAAAGCUUUCAACACCUGUUUUUCCUGAAGAAAGAGAGGACGUGCUGGCCAAAAUAAAAAUCAAGAAGCUUUUGAGUAAGGACUCCAGUGGCUCCUUGCAAAAUCAAGCGGAUGAAAAUCAAAAGGAGAAAAUGUACAGCAGCGUCACUAAGGGGGGAAAUGCACCAAGUGGCCCAAAGCUUUCUCCAUCCAAUUCUCUUGAAGCAAGAGAGGACGACUUACUGUCCAAAAUAAAACCCAAGGUUAAAAAUCUGUCACCUCCGCCUAGAACAAAACAGCCCAUUUCAAGAGAAGAAUCCCUAAAAUACUCAGUGCAAGAGACUGAACCAGCGGCAUAUGCACUGGUCAAGAAGAUGCCAGCAGGCACGGCUCAAAACAAAUCCAGGACACCUCUAGCAGAAGAUCCUUAUUCUACCCUAGAGGAACUACAUACGUACUCCGAUCUUCCCGGAUGGGUGGCAGAAGACCCUCAACUUUUUAAUGAAAUGCAAGAACCUAUAGCCUUUUAUGCCAUGGGACGUGGGUCUUGCAAGAACAAUCAGGAGAACAUUUAUUCUGAGGUGGACCUCCAUGCAGUGGCAUCUCAUGGACUCCAAAAAGGGUCUUCAUGUGGAGCUACCACUACUACUCAUCCAAAGGCCAUCAACAAACCUUUGAAGAAAACUACACCUUUCCACUCUUCUUUUCGCCAGAAGAAACAGUCAACUUUGCAGUUAGAAGACUGCGGCAGAUCAUGGGAAAACUCAUUAAAGCCUCUCUCUGAAUCCAAGGUAUCCAAAACACGGAAAAAUAAAAAGCUUCAGUUUGACGACCCAACGUAUGCAAAGCCUAUACAACAUCAAGUUGUCCCACAGCUUUCCCCCAACCAAGAGGAAGAUCCGGAAGACAUCUAUGAAAAGAUCAAAGAUGACUGCGUCCAAAUGUCUAAAAACAAUCGAUCAGCCAAUAACAAACCAAGCUGAUGGACAGGAAAAAAACAUGCAAUGACUCUCUCGAAUGCUCAGACCCUAAAAUGAGGUCUGUCACCUGCACUUUAGGGGGAAAUAAAUCUUCAAUUUAUGACCCGGAACAGAGUAACUGGGCUCUACUUCAAGAAAAAUACUCCACAUUUAAAGAAGGGUUUAAUUUCACUUUUUUAUGAAUGUUCCAGAAAAGGACAUCAUAGCUCAGUGGUUUCCAAAGUGUAAGGGAUGACCCCGAUUUAGGACUUGGAGCAGUGAGAAGGAGCUCAGAUGGAAGGUGAAUUACAGUAACAUUUGGCUGUGCUCUUUUAUCUACAUCUGAAUUUGAGGUCAAGGUGGGGAGUUAAAGCUUAUACACACCACCCUAGAUAUUCUUUGAACUAUGUGUGAAUGACUGAUACAACAAUAUGUCCCUACAUGUGAAAAUGAUGUUCAGUAGCUGUUGUUCAAAAGCUCUAACACACCAGCGACCCCUGCUGGACAAUAUUAGGAGACCUUCAACCAUCCCACAUUUUUUAUUCUGGAUUAAGUGGCUUUCAGAACAUGAAUGGUUAUGCAAAUAAAAGAUAAUAAAAUAAUUUGUUAAAUGUGUAUCUUUGGAUAUAUCAGAUGUCCAGAAUCUACUAGGCUGCUUAGAUGAAACAUUAUAUAUCGGUAUCUACAGACUAGUAUCUGUUUGAGUAAAGUGCAUUUACAAAUUCAUUGGCCAUGUUUUUUUGUUCCUUCCAUAAUCCAGCAUUUUUCCCAGAAUUCCAGUGUUGCACUUUCUAAUACUCCAUUAUUAAAACUGGGAUCUUCAUUGUGUUGUUUUAAGAAAGCACAAGUUCAUGACUACCCCAACACCAUUGGGACAAAGUAAAAAAAAUGCAUUUAUUAGUUCAGGAAUAACAUUUAAAAUGGUGGAAACUAUAGUAGCAAAUGGGGGGGGGGGGGGAACAGCCAGACAGCAGGGGAACCAAUGGGCUCUGUCCCUUGCUUGACAUUUGAGAAGCCAGUGAUCACAUCUCAGGGGUCACAGAAAAAUAUACAUGUCACAUUUUGUCUUGACUUGCAAGCUAGAUUUAUUGUUAGGGUUGUGCUUGUGGUGCUACUGUACUAUUAGGGGCUUCAAACAUAUUAAAACACAGGCAGUAGGGCUGCUAUUUACCACGGGCAGGGGUUAAAAGUGCCGGAAUGCUUAAGAGUCCAUACCCCCUGUAAUUAAUACCUGCAGGAAAUUCCACUUUCACCCCUAUAUUCGCCAUUAUAUGCUAGGCAGCCAUGCCUAAGUGUCAUGGGGUUUGAGACGCUUAACAAAAUGGUUUCCAAAAGGACAUGAAUAUCUCAUGUCUUGUCCCGCAGAAUCAUUGUAACAACGAUACGCUGUUCAGAAUAUCCAUGGCCAAAAUUUUUAGCAGGUUUUGUUUCUAUACUGCAGAACAUGUGGGAAAGAAAGAGACGUAAAGCUGGAUGUUAUGUGCUGCCCUUUUGGAACGCUGGCAUUUCAGGAACGUGUCGGCUGGCACAGAAUGGGCUUCAUUUACUUAGCUCUCCAGAUUGCCAUUAGGUCCUAUGGCACAAGGCUGAAAUUUGAGUGCUCUUCUUUGGGCAGCAGAGAUCCUGUGUAGUCAAGCACCACCCUGCAGUUUUUUAUUUUUUUGUAUUUGAACGGGAGACACUCUGCCCCUGUCAGACACUGGCACUCACAUUGGCUUCCAGGGCAUAUCCUACCUGAGUGGCUGCAC